AUGAACAAAUUGUUGUCGCCCGAUGGAGAUGUAGGCUACGACGUGACGGAGGACGAGUGGGAGCAGCUAGUGCAGCUAACGCAGAAGAGCGAGCGCUUCGAGAAGCUCUUCACCUUCCCGGAAGACGAACCUGGCUGGGUCACUACAAAGAGCAAGAAAAAAAAGACACACCUUAACAUUGUGGCUGUCGAUUGCGAAAUGUGCGUCACGCAAGAUGAGAGUAAUUGUGAGCGCAAGACCAACGCGCUGUGCCGCGUAUCCGCAGUGGACGGUGAGCACAUGCUGCGAAAUAUCAUCUCAGACUUCAUUGUACACCAACCUGAGCCUGGCUUCCACAUGGUCGACCCGAAGACGGACAUCCACGGCAUCACGCCACAGCAGAUCGCCAGCUGCAAGAUCACUGUGGCUCAGGCGCAGAAGAAGAUGCUCAAGUACAUUAACAAAGACACCAUCGUGGUGGGCCACUCGGUGUACGGCGACUUGGCUAGUAUGCGUAUCAACCACCGACGCGUCAUCGACACGGCGCUCAUCUUUCAACGUAAAGACGGCAGUCCGUCCCGUGCGACGCCCGGACUGAAGGAUCUCACAAAGUUCUUGCUUGGCUUUGACAUGCCCCAGGGCCACGACAGUACUGUCGAUGCUCAAGCGUCCAUGAUGGCCGCCAAAUAUGCUGCUCGACAUGAAACCGGAAGGAUCAUCCCGUCAGCUCUGGAGCUGCAUGGACCUCAACCUGGUAAACCCGUCCCCGUAAAGAUCCCUGUGAAUGACGCGUCCUACAUUGACAUGGCCGCCAUCGAGACAACAGCCAGGAAACACAAGAGUGAAGCUAUGAUCGCACGUUCCUGUCGCUUGCGUUUGCAUCGAAUUCCGAAGGGUUUGUCCAGUAAAGACAUCGAAAAGUGGUUUUAUGAGAACACCCACAUCGUGCCUACCGCUGUAGAGAAGAUUGUCUGGCUGCCGAACCAAAACCGUGGCUCGUGUAACGUGACUUUCUCGACCAACGCUCAUGCAGCUCUGGCCUUCGAGAGUGCCCAAGGUCCGAACGGUAAGACCAAGAUCACCAACGAUUCUAUCGGUCGCCCACAGAAAACGAUCGCUAUCGUCAGCUACAUGGGGAAAACAUACAAGAAUGUGGCACUUGGGGUUCUAUAG